ACAGGUUGUCUUUGGGAGACGAGCAUCCCCGAAUCAGCAGCCAUGCACUCGUUGUUGAACGCGCAACAUCCCAGGUCCCAGGAUUCCAGUCCAUCUGGACCGUGUGCCCUUAUGACAGUAGACCUUAAAUUAUCCCAUUUGGAUUGGAACCCCGAAGCGACCCUAAUCCACUUCCAGGGCCAGUACCGGACCCUAGACGAGUUGGACUACAAAACCCUUCAGCGGGAAAUCCAAAACACGCCCAAGACCAAAGCUAACGUGGACAUCGGUGAGUUUUGCCUGGUGGAAGACGCCAGGACGGCCCAGUGGUACAGAGGAAGGUUUCAGGGGCGCAAAGGCGGCGUGUCGGACAUCUUCCUCAUUGACCACGGCAACGUCUUGAGUGUGGACGCGGCCCACAUAUCUUCGUGCUCCAAGGAUUUGUUCAACCGACGUGCAAAAAUUGUCUGUGGCUUCCUCGCUAACGUGCUGCUACAUGGCGGGUCGUGCCAUUCGUCCGGCGUGGUGGACUUCCUCUCCAGCCUGAUCGGGAAGAACGUCACGGGCUACAUCCAAGCCGUCUUGCCUCAUCGAGUUCUCCUGCUGGACGUUCCCGACAUCAACGACGAGCUGGUCAGGCAAGGCUUCGGCAAGCACGUUGACAAGGACACCUUUCUUCUCUUGGUGGAGUUGCUCACCGAGGUGCCGCUCAAGCAAAACAUCAAUCCGAUUCCGGACCUGCUGCUCAGCGGGCGGAGCGACCGCGUCUUUGGCUACGAGUCGUGCGCGUUGAAGGUCUACGAGCAGAUCCUGCCUUCUUGCGGGCCCAGGAUGAGCUCCGGCACCCGUGCUCGAGUCCGACUGACGGCCGCUGUCAACCCGGGUCUCUUUUAUUGUCAGAUGGUGAGUAAGGAGUCCGAUCUUUGGCUCAUGUCCAAGAAGCUGGCCGCAGUCAAUGACGGCCAAAGCCAGCAGCAGAAGACUCAAGCCAACGUCGGUCUCCUCUGCUCGGCCAAAAGCAAAAACGGGAAAUGGUACCGAGGCUCGGUUCAGUUCCUCCCCAUGAACUCGCAGGCGCAAGUCCUGUUUGUGGAUUUCGGAUUCGCCGAGUUGGUCAAAGUGGAGGACGUCCGCAGCUUGCCGCCCGAUUUGUACUCGACGGCCAUCAUGGCGUUCCCGUGCUCGCUGGCUUCUCUGAAGGUUGAGGACGAGGAGCUCGCCAGUCGCCAGUUGAGUUUCCUCAAGGCCGGCUUGCUCGGGGCCGUCUUGGAUGUGCUCGUGGAUACUUUCGACGAGGAGCGGCGCCUCUACUCCAUCACGCUCCUUGAUGCUCUGGAGAAUCACACAGCAGAAGAUGUUACCAGACCUCAUCCAAAAAAAGAGGAGCCUCGCCCGUCCCCCCAGGACGCAAACCUGUCCUACGAGAGCAUCGUUGGCCGAGAGCUGGCUAAGACUCUGAAAAGGGAGGAGCUACAGGAGCGAUCGGUGUUCGAGGCCUUCCUGGAGUUCGCCCAGAAUCCAAACGACUUUUGGAUCCGGACCACAAAGCGAGACGGCGAGUUCCAGGAGAUGAUGAGCAAAAUAGCCCAUCACUUUGCUGGCAUGAAGCUGGAAGACGACGUUCUGCUCAACCCGGAGCUCGGAGCGCUCUGCUGCGCGCUCUACGAGGCCGACAUGCAAUUCUACAGGGCCGUGGUCACCGGCAAGCUCCAGCACGGCGCCGAAGUUCUCUUCAUUGACUUUGGCAACGUCGAGAAAGUUCCCGGUACUGUAAUCAAGAAGAUCCCGGAGGCGCUCGCCUCCAUUCCCGCCUUUGCUCUGUGUUGCACUCUGGUCAACGUGAUGCCCGUGGACGACGUUUGGACCCGUUUCAACUUGGACUUCUUCAGAGCGACGCUAUCGGGCAAGCCGCUGCUCGUCCACGUGGUCCAGAUCACACCGUGCAAGUGCGUCGUCGAUUUGCACGAGGCGGAAGGCGAUGGCGGUCGGAGCGUCGGUGAGCUCAUGGUGGCUUCCGAACAAGCAGACUACUGGAAAAUCAUUCCGGAGAAACAUCAGAAAGAUGAGACAACAAAGAAAGCCAUUCAGGAAAGCUUGGAGAAGCGAGACCCUCCUGAAGAGGAGGAGGAGGAGUUCAUCUACUCCCAUUUCGACUUAAUGCCGGAGCACCAGGAAGACGUUUACGUCACUCACAUCAGCGACGAGUGCGACAUCUACUGCCAACUCCACCGCAACACUCAAGCCAUCCAGGAGCUUGAAGAGAACAUCUCAGCGCAAAUCCAGAAAACAAAGGCAGCCAGUGCACAAGAUGCUCCGACAAAACGGUGCUUAGCAAAAUACUUGGAUGGAAAUUGGUACCGGGCCCUGGUUCUGAGCUCUCCGUCUCCGCGCCAUCUCAACGUCUUCUUUGUGGAUUACGGCAAUUGCGGCAUCUCCGAGAAAGCCAACGUGGUGUCCCUUCCCAGAGACUGCCGCUGUUUGUUGUCCACGCCCAUCCAAGCCUUGAAGUUCAACCUGGCUUGCGUAUCCAGGAAGGAGGUCAACACGGAGGUCAAGGAAUGGCUGGAGGAAGCGCUCCUCGACAAGCGGCUGAGAGCCUUCAUCCUGGCCAAGUGUCUGGAUUCUUCUUUUGACGUGCGGCUCUUGGACGGAGACCUGGACAUCAACCAGAAGGUCGGAGAGCUCGUCUCAACUGUCAGCUUGAAACAAACCACUGAUAAGCAGCCCGUGCUUGACAUCAGCGUUGAGAAAAACCACCAAAAUACAAGAGAGUCCAAAAGCCAAACUUUGAAACCUCAAGCGCAACACCUAGUCAAAGUUCAAAAUCCUCAAGUUGGCCAUUUGCCAGACAGGAAGGAGAAAGAAGGUUCCCGCUCGCUCUGUUACGUCUCGCACGUCGACUCGCUCCGUCACUUCUUCCUGCAGCUCUCCCAAGACGAAGCGGCCAUCUUGAAAAUGGUAGAAGACAUCAACACCAUGAGCGAGUCUUCCUUGAAGGCCGCCGUCUUGCUGCGGCGCGGCGACCUCGUCCUGGCGCGCUACCACGAGGACGGCGCUCUCUACCGCGCCGUCGUGGGGGCCCACAAUGACCGCUCCGGUUCCAAGGUGGACUUCCUGGACUACGGAAACAGCGCGGUGGUUGAGGAGAAGAAGAUCUACGCCUUGCCCGGAAAAUUUCUUUUGCCGCCGCCAUUCGCCAUCCCAUGUUGCCUGGCGGACUCCGGCCUUUACGACGACGACGUCUUCACCGACGCCGUCGUGGGGAAACCUCUCAUGGUUCACUUUGUCCGAAAACGGGGAACUUGCUGGCAAGUGGAGAUGGACAUACUCAAGGAGGAAGAAACGUCGAAAGUCCCGGAGCCUCCUGCAAUGGAGGAAAAGGCGAAGCUCCGAGAUCAAGCUGUCCUGAAAGUCACCAAGAAUCAACAAGGAACAUUUGAGACGUGCGUGAAGGAUACAAACCUGAGCUCGUCUGAAAGCUUCAAAACCAAAAAUGGAAAGAGGCCCGUCAUAACGAGGCUCAAACAGAAGAGGACGUCCGGUGCCAAAAUUAAAGUGGACCUUCUCUUCCUGGCUCGGUUGCUGCGGAAAAACCAGAAACGGUUUCUUCCGCCGCCGCCGCCUGAAAGCCACAAUCAAGAACUUCUGCCAGAGUCCAGUCUACAUCACAAGCUGGUCUUCGCCCCAGUCUCGCUCAACAAAGAGUACUCGGGGUUCAUCGGCUCAGCGACGACCCCGUCCGAGUUCUACGUGGUUCUGAAGGACUCGAUGGCCGUGGUGAACAAAGUGACCAUCCUGUCGGAGCGCCUCUCCGGGUCAGACUUAGCCCUUCUUCCCAAAUGUAGCCUCACACCCGGCGCCGGCUGCUUGUUCAGAUCAGACCUGGACAAGUGGUGCCGCGCUGAAGUUGUCCGCGCCGACGGCCCGUCCGGCGGGGUCGUGAACCUGGUGGACCGCGGCCUCUCUAACCGUUUUGCUGGACAAGACUUGAGGAUCAUCCCGGAAGACCUUCUCAAGCUUCCCAAAGUGGUCUAUCCUUGCGUCCUGAGGGGGGCGAGGCCCGGCGGAGAAGACGGCCACUGGAGUGAGCAGGCCAACAUCUACCUGCAGAAGAUCGCGAACCGCAACCUGAAGGUGCUCUUUCGAGAACUUCUGUCCGAUACACGCUGGGCUGUGGACAUUGUGGUGGACGGCGUCGACCUCGCCCAAACGUUGGUGGCAGAAGGUUUCAGUAGCGGAGUCAACAGCGACAACGGAGAUCCAACACCUGCAAGAAUCCGAAGCAGCCAAUCAGGACCCAGCGGAAGGUUGUGGUGAAGCUGCCAAGCAGGAAAUGAGACAAUGUAAGAAAAGAAUUCAAAAUGUUCUGUUUGGAGAUUUAGUCUCCUCUGGCUCAGGUUUUCUGCAGUGACAAGAAGAUGAACGUUUAGUUGGUUGUUCAAAGUUGAAGGCCUUCACAAUCUUGGUUGGAUUUUGGAUUCAUGAAGCUACACUUUGGGUUCUCUUCAAAACUAGUAUUUCCAUUUUGACGUGAGGUC